AUGUCGGAGAAGAAAGAUGACAUGUCGCCGGUUGUGCUAGCACCGAGCGUAGACGAAGGUCAAAUGGCUGUUGAGAAGCAGAUGCACGACAUCGGUGCUGAUCUGUAUCUCGAGGUCAGGCAGUACACAAGAGAAGAGCUCGACGCGGAAAGGAAAAUCGUACUGCGGAAGAUCGACUGGGUUAUCAUGCCGAUGAUCUGCAUGACAUACAUGAUCCAAUUCCUUGAUAAGCUUUCCCUCAACUACGCGUCCGCCUACACUCUGAUCCCCGACCUCGGACUCGAAGGCCAGCGCUACUCCUGGGUAGCCGCCAUCUUCAACUUUGGCUAUCUUUUCUGGGCACUCCCAGCAAACUACCUCAUCCAGCGCCUCCCCGUGUCGAAAUACACCGGCAGCAUGAUCCUCCUCUGGUCGAUCCUGCUCUGCUGCCACGUCGCGGCCAAAAACUACGCCGGCAUGCUCGUCCUCCGCUUCCUGCUCGGCAUGUUCGAGGCGUCCAUCUCGCCCGCCAUCAUGAACAUCGUGUCCAUGUUCUACACGCGCUCUGAGCAGCCGCUGCGGAUGUGUGUAUUCCUUGCCUUCAACGGCAUGGCGACCAUGGUUGGCGCCCUUCUCGGGUACGGACUAGGCCACGUUCACAGUCCGCACAUCACGACAUGGCAGCUUAUCUUUCUGGUCAUUGGGCUGGUGAAUUUCGUGUGGGCGUGGGUGUUUCUCUGGAUGAUGCCGGAUAGCCCUGCGACGGCCAAGUUCCUCACGCACAAGCAGCGCAUCGUGGCGAUUGAUCGGAUCGCGGGUAACAUGAUUGGCGUCAAGACGAAGCAGUUCCACAAGAGCCAGGCGCUCGAGGCGUUUAUGGAUUUCAAGGUGCACUGCCUUGUGCUCAUCGGCCUGGGGUGUGGAGUCAUCAACGGCGGAGUGAGCAACUUCGCGUCCAGUCUGAUUCGCGGCUUCGGAUUCAGCGGCAUCUACGCGACGCUGCUCCAGCUCCCCACCGGCGCCAUCGAGUUCCUCGUCGUGCCAGUCUGCGGACUGGCCGCGGGAUACUUCAAAGACUCGCGUUGCCUGAUCCUGGCCCUCAUCUGCCUGCCACCACUCGGCGGCCUUCUCGGAAUCCGCCUCGCGCCCCUCUCACAACGCUGGAGCCUUGUCGGAUGCACCUGGCUGCAAUACAUAGUCGGCGCGCCCGUCAUCCUGUCCUGGAACCUCCUGACCAGCAACAUCGCUGGCCACACGAAGCGCAGCACAGCGAACGGGCUGUGGUUCGUAUUCUACGCCGCGGGCAACAUCGCCGGCGCGAACAUCUUCUUCGCAAAGGAGAAGCCGAGAUACUUCUCCGCGCUGACUGGGCUGAUCGUGUGCUACUGUGGCAUGUUUGCCGUUGCCGUCUUCUUGAGGCAGUACAUGUGGUGGGAGAAUAAGAGGCGGGACAAGAAGUUUGGCGUAGGUGAGGACGAGCAGGCGAUUCGAGAUGGGUUCAACGACCAAACCGAUCUCCAGGCAAGGCACUUUAGAUAUGCACUGUAG